ACUAAACACUAUGUUGAAAUUGAAUUCCACGUAGGGAAGAAAAGAAAGACAACUUAUACAGCACAAAAGUUGAUGACCAAGGAUCAUGAAGUUUUCAUAUACGUCAUAGUACUACAACUCUUUCAUCAAUCACACUUUUCUAUGUUAUGAUUGGUACUUUACACGCGCAACGUCCAUCCAAAAGGAAUUCUGAUUUUGUAGGCUAGGUUGUUAUAAGCUAAAACUUUCUCCAAUUCUGAGACAGCACCUGAUUCACAUAUUCUCCUCUGGGUUGUUCGUUGUUUAACAAAGGUGAUGGAACGAGGUGGCUGCAGAGGGAGAAGAGGUGGCUAUGGCAGCCGUGGAAGGGGUGGAGGUAGAAGAGAAGGAGGUGGUCAUGAUCAUCAUCCGCAGCAGUGGCAGUCGGGUAGAAGGUCAAGCCAUUGGAGGAACCAGGAUCAUGUGGGUCGUAGCCAAAGUGGCUCCCAAAUGAACCAUGUCGGUACCAGCCGUCAUCCGGAUGGUGAUGGAACAGGGUGCUGGAGGUCUAGUGGCUGGAGGAGUAUUCCCUUUUCCCAAGUGCUGUCACAGAGAUCCUCUGUUUCAUCUGAAUGCCUAGCGCCUGAGCAUUUGCCUGCUUCAUCUUCAUCUCCAGAAAAUGUCCGUAGGUUUCUGCCUAUGAAUCGACCUGAUGCAGGUACUCAUGCUAUGCGGAAAGUUGGAAUUCAUGUCAAUCAUUUUCCUGUAAAUUUUGCAGCAGAAAUGAUAAUAAGGCACUAUAAUUUUGAUAUCAAACAACAAGAGUCCUCCAGCAAAGGCAGGUCUGUGAAAAUACCAAAGUUUAACUUGUCCAUGAUUUGGAACAAGUUAUCUUCAGAGGAGCCUAAAAACUUUCCCUUGGACAUGACUGCCUAUGAUGGUGGGAACAAUAUCUUUAGUGCUGUAGAGCUGCGCACUAGAGAAUUUGUUGUGAAACUAUCUGAGGUUUCAUAUGUUGUGUCUGUAAAGCUUGUGAAUGAACUCAGGCUUUCCGAGUUGAAGGAUUAUUUAAGUGGGACUGGGAAAGUCAUGUCAGUUCCACGUGAUAUAUUGCAAGCAAUGGAUUUGGCUAUGAAGGAAAAUCCGAAAAGGUAUGCUAUCCCCUUUAGAUCCCAUCAAGGAAGUGAUGUUGGACGGGGCAUCCUAGCUUCUCAAGAACCUCUAUAUCGAUUGAAGCCUACUUCUCAGGGUUUAGUCUUGGUCCUGGACUACUCAGUUUUCCCAUUUCUGAAGCCAGUGCCUGUUAUAGAUUACCUGAAGGAGCAUAUUGAAGGUUUUGAUAUAAACCAGUUUGAAAUCUUUCAGAAUAAGGUCAAAGGUGAACUAAAGGGAUUCAAGGUUUAUAAAACUUAUCUUGGAACCAAACAUAGCUAUGUGAUUGCUGGAUUGACGAAGAACGCACGACAAAUUUCAUUUACGAUUAAAGAUUGGAAGUGCAAUGAUCCAGCAAGGGAUGUUCUCCUUGUUGAUUACUUCAGGGAUAGAUAUAAGAAAGAAAUUGUGUACAAAGAUAUUCCCUGCUUGGAUUUAGGGAAACACAAUCACGUGCCACUGGAGUUGUGUGUUUUAGCUGAAAUGCAAAGAUGUCCAAAGGAGAAGCUGGACAGACAUGCAACUAACAAGUUGAGGGAAUUAUCCCUGCCGAAGGUAAGAGAGAAGAAAAUAUGCGAUUUGGUUCAGGCAAGAGACGGACCUUGUGGGGGAAUCAUUGCACAGAAUUUUGGAAUUGCAGUUGACAGGAGCAUGACCAAAGUGACUGGCCGCAUUAUCAGCCCACCUGAGUUGAAGGUUGGUGUUCCUGGGGGUGGGUGGACUAGGACACCACUCAACAGUAAGAAAUGUGAUUGGAACCUGGUACAGAAAUGUGUAGUUGAAGGAAAACAAAUUGAGAAGUGGGCUGUGCUUGAUUUUACUUAUUCUGAAUCUGAUCAAAACAAAUUUAAACCACGCCUGUUCAUCCCAAAGCUUAUUGAUCGCUGUGAAGCUCUUGGGAUCCGCAUGAAGGAACCUUCAUUAUAUGAGGCAGCUGAAAUGUGUCAAUUGCAUAAUGUGGACAUGAUCUUGGAGCUCCUGGAAAGCAUUAAGGCUCGGUCCAAUAUAGGGAAAGGAUAUCUGCAAUUUAUUCUUUGUGUGAUGUCUAGAGAGCAUCCUGGUUACAAGUAUCUUAAGUGGGUCUCUGAGACCAGAAUUGGUAUAAUGACUCAAUGUUGUUUGUCCACAAAAAGAGUGAAUGAUCCGUACCUUGCUCAUCUUGCUCUCAGUAUAAAUGCCAAGCUUGGAGGCAGUAAUGUGGAGCUUUUAACAUCACUCCCUGGCUUUGAAGGUAAAGGAAAUGUGAUGUUAGUCGGUGCUGAUGUAAGUCACCCUGGCUCGAAGAAUUUGACAAGCCCAUCAAUCGCAGCUGUAGUAGGCUCUAUGAACUGGCCUACCCCAAACCGCUAUGUGGCCCGAAUUCGCCCUCAAGACCCUCGAACGGAGAAGAUUCAGGAUUUCGGGGAGAUGUGUUUGGAGCUUCUUGAAUCUUAUGUAAAGGUAAAUAAAGUCAGGCCAGAUAAAAUUGUGAUAUUUCGGGAUGGGGUGAGUGAAUGGCAAUUUGAUAUGGUUCUUAAUGUGGAGCUAAGUGGCCUCAAGAAAGCAUUUCGAGCACUGAAUUAUGUCCCAACAAUUACACUUGUUGUAGCUCAGAAGCGACAUCUAACUCGGUUCUUUCCAGAGACCAAAGAAGAUGGUUGUUCCGCUGGAAAUGUGCUUCCAGGAACUGUUGUUGACACAACAGUUGAUGAUUUUUCCAGGUUUAAUUUCUAUCUUUGCAGCCACUAUGGUAACAUUGGAACCAGCAAGCCAACACAUUACCAAGUCCUCUGGGAUGAACAUGGAUUUACUAGUGAUCGCAUUCAGCAGCUCAUAUAUAGCUUGUGUUUCACUUCUGCUCGGUGCACUAAACCUGUCUCGUUGGUCCCACCAGUGUACUAUGCUGACCUUGCUGCAUAUAGAGGCCAACUUUACCGGGAAGCAUUGAUGGACUGGCAUUCUCAAGCUUCAUCAACAUCUUCAUCAUCUAAAUCAAUUGGAGCUGCGUUUGACAAGCAUUUGUAUAAGGUCUGUCCAAACCUAGAGGAUGCGAUGUUCUUCAUUUAGAAAUUAAGGCCUGUUGGAACUGUCCUUAAACUCCUUUCCUGGUCGGGCUGUGAUAACUCCUAGUUUGAGGGAAAAGUUCAGGAGAUGUUACCAACUUAAUAGUAGUUCUUCAGGAACUUAUUCCCCUGGUCUGAAUGUGGGAUUUUCAUGUUGAAGGUCUUGGUUUUAAAAUCCUGGGGAUGGUCUAGAAAGGUUUACUGGAUAUGGGAGCAAUCAUUUUAUUUUGGAAAUAAUCUACUUCGAUCAGAUAUAAACAUGUUUGAUCUUA